AUAAAAAUACAGAAAUUGCUCGCUUAAUAUAAUAGGAUUCAUAAUAACUCACAAUAAAGUUAACUAGUCCAUGGCGGUAGAGAGAGACAGUGUGUCUCUCUCUUAACUAUUCAAGAGAAAGAGAAAAAGAUACAGACAGAGAGAGUAACUGCUCUUAUUAGUACCCCCACAAUCGAUAUAUGGGUACCUCUCUCUUUUUCUCUCUCAUAGUCUACCGCCAGCGUAUGUCUAGUAUAGGACAGGUGUGAGCUUGGUCCGGGGAGGGGGGGUAAGGGCUUUCGGGACCCCUAGUUUUGGGGGGAACCCCCAAGAGGGGUGGUAGGGGGACGGUCUCUAACCACCUGCUCGACGGUUGGUCAGUCUUACAGUUUACAGCGCAAUGGUAGUUUGCUAGUAGUCAGUCUAGAGGCAGUGGUCAUACAGAUGUGAGGGUUAACCGUAGAGUUAACCGGAGGUUAAACCGUUAAAUCAGAGAUUAACCAGUUGAACAUCCCCAAAAAAUACGGUAGUGAAUAAUUGAAUUUUAGUGAAAGUUUAUGUUGUGUUCUAGUGUUUAAAUUCAACCAGAUUUAGUGGAAAGGAGUGUGAAAAUUAGGUGAUGUGGCCAUGAUGGUGAAAACAGGGGACGAGCAUUUGAAACUGGAGAAAGCUGCUUGUGGAGGGGAAUGUAAAGAAGUCGCAAUAGGUCAUGCAGCAGUAACUGUCGAACCUCCACCGCCGUCAAUCAAAUCCUCGCGAUGCGACGAUCAACAUCAGCUGAUGCCGCAGCUCACAAGCGACGAAGACCGAUGCGGCCAUAUCUCUGAUCAACUGAUCCUGCAGCCCACAAACGACGAAGACCGAUGCGGGAACGACCAUCAAAUGAUUCUGCAGCCCACAAACGAUGAAGACCAAUGCGGGAACAAUCAUCAACUGAUUCUGCUACCCACAAACGACGAAGACCGAUGCGGGAACGACCAUCAAAUGAUUCUGCAGCCCACAAACGAUGAAGACCAAUGCGGGAACAAUCAUCAACUGAUUCUGCUACCCACAAACGACGAAGACCGAUGCGGGAACGACCAUCAAAUGAUUCUGCAGCCCACAAACGAUGAAGACCGAUGCGGGAACGACCAUCAAAUGAUUCUGCUACCCACAAACGACGAAGACCGAUGCGGGAACGACCAUCAAAUGAUUCUGCAGCCAGCUACCGACGAAGACCAAUGCAGCAAUGACCACCAAAUGAUGCUGCAGCCCUCAAACGACGAAGACCGAUGCGGGAACGACCAUCAACUGAUUCUGCAGCCUAUAAAAGACGAAGACCGAUGCGGGAACGACCAUAAACUGAUUCCGCAGCCAGCUAGCGACGAAGACCGAUGCGAUCUCACCAGUCUCCACUGGUUGCACCAAUCAGACCUCCUCAACAGCUGUGUCUCCUCUCUCCCCACGCCUCCCAAUUCUCCCUCCCACGCGCACACACCCUCUCACUCACUCGCCAAGGCCGCCAACGGACAUAAGGCCGCACAGACUCUAAGGCUGACACUCAACCCAGCCUGUGCCGAAGACUACAAACUAAGCGGUGAUCACAAGCCGCCAUUUUCGUAUGCCACCCUCAUCUGUAUGGCAAUGAGGGCCAACAAUAAUAAGAUGACCCUAUCUGCCAUCUAUGCAUGGAUCAGGGAUAACUUCCUGUACUACAGAAACGCUGAUCCUACAUGGCAGAACUCGAUUAGACACAACCUAUCUUUGAACAAGUGCUUUGUGAAAGUGCCUCGGUCAAGGGACGAGCCUGGUAAGGGAGGAUUCUGGAAGCUGGACUUGGACCGGCUGGAGGAGGGUCAGAGGAAUAGGAGACGGCUAGGUAGCAGUGGCUUGAGCAACCGCCGCCGAAACCGCUCGAAACGCAAACCGCCCGCCGCGUCAACGGUCGCCGUUGUGACGUCAUCCUCAGAGCUCGUGGUUAUGACGUCACCGUCAGAUCCCCCCCUCACGCCGCCAAACCAGCCACCAGUCAGCGAAAGCCCCUCUACAAUCAUGCCGCCUCCCUCGCUAACCCUCAACCUUACCAACUUGAACAUGACUGUGGAAAGCAUUCUGCCAACAUUCCAAACUGAGACGUGUUUUGCAGAAGAUGAGUUGGCUAACCUGCUUGUGGGUAACGGCGGGUGGGAUGAUUCUCAACUCGAGCUCUUGCAUUCUCUUCUAGAUACUAUUUAGAUGUUUUAGUUAUUUUCCAUUUUCGAACAAGAAUUUGACUCUCAACUAUGGUUGAAUUAAAAGUUCUUCCGACUUGAAGGGAUAUGCGGAGCAUAGAAAAGUAGGGAUACAGCGGCGGCGAUGUUUCCCUGCUAAACCAGUCAAUUUUUUAAAGUCUCUAGUGAGUGUUCAACACUUCAUGAUACAAAUACCAAGAGAUAGGUAUUACCAUAGAGAAACAAUAGCAUAAGUAGAUAUCCCAUGGUAUAGUGCUUUUAUGUCACAACUUUUACUGUUAUCUCAAGCCGA